CAUCCAAAACAAGAGUUAAUCCUAGAUGAUUGCCGGCACCCCAGGGCCUCCAAGGUAUAUAUUCAGCAGGCGUAUUCGGCGGGUAUCCAUUCUCAGGUGUCCAAUUUGCAGACGGAUUUGGAAAGGUAAAGGUAAACAUGGACGAGUCAAGCGAUACCCAAAAAGUAAAAAAUGAAGAAAUAUCAGAAAUUUACAAAAUAUUUAAAGAAAUAUAUUUGAAAGCACCUCCUAUUUUAAAGGAUCUAUCAGACAAUUCUGUAGAAAUUGAUUAUACAGAAUCCGUACAAGAACAAAUAGAUUUCAAUAAAAUUGAUAAAAAAUUUAAAAAUGGAGAAUACGGCUCAAUUACUGACGCAAUAAAAGAUAUAAGGACGGUAUUUUUAAAUUGUUAUUCAUUUUAUGGUACUAGAAGUGAUCAUACUAAAAAAUCAUUAGAAAUCGAAGAAUUAUUAGAAGAAAAAAUUAGUCAUCUUGACAAAGAUUAUAAAUCAUUGGCUAAUGUUAAUCUUACAUUCAAUUUACUAAACAUAGAAAGAAAACUUAAUUCUAAAUUGAGAUAUCCAAAAGAUUGUUAUGAUUCAGUAUUAUUAAGAAGUGUUGCACAUUGUCGCCCUGAACGAUUACAAAAGUAUCAUAAAAUAUUGUCUACCACUCUUACCACUGAUGAAGAUAAUGCACAUAUUUUAGAAAAAAUAUUGUGUUGGGAAAAUGAAGUUUAUUUUAAUGAUAUAUUUCAUCGAUAUAUCAGCUCAAUGUGGGAGCUACCAGAAAUAGGUAAUUUUGUGGCUAUUUUAUUUAAAAAACUUGAUCUUGAUAUUGUUAACCAAGGAGAAAUUGAAAGAAUGUUUUUAAUGCCUAAAGAAUCUACGACUAUGGGUAAAAUCAUGACAACUCUUUUAAUGCCAGUCAAAAAAACAAAAUUUGUUGGUCAAAUAAUGCCAUAUAAGAUUUGGUCUGAAAAACUUUCAAAAAGAGUAUCAGACUGGUGUAGAGUAUACCAUGCAAAAAAAAAAAAUAAAGUUAUUGUAAUGAAUUCACUAGGUAUUCAUCCAGACUUUUGGGCUAUUGUGAAUGAAAAAAAUCCUUUAGUUGAAAGAGACUAUUGUGAACUCUCAUAUUUUAUGAAAGUUUGGCUUGUAAAAGGACUUUGUGAUUAUGUUACUAUUAAAUAUAAAACUAUAAAUGAUAUUAUUACAAAUUGUAAUGAAAGACAAUGCACUAUAUGGAAAAAUGAUUUAGAAACCGAAGAAUAUUUCUUUUUUGAGUCAAUGCCAGAUUUAAGGAUAUAUUAUUAUAACAUUCCAUAUGAUGAACCAAGUCUUGAAUUUCUUGAAUCUGUAAAAACUGAGAAAGAAAUAGUUGAAGUUGAAAAUAAUCUACCUAUGAAUGGUUUUUCUGGGAGUUUUUGUACAAUUAAAAAAGAAAAACAUUUUAAGCUAAUUGCUGAUUCGGUAGAAGGUCUCCGAGCUUUUCUUUAUGAAUUGGAUAUGGAAGGAACAUUUGUACCUGACAAUUUGAUAAGCGCUUUAGAGAGUUUUAUUACAAAAAUUGAAUUGGAAGAAUAUAAUUUAAUUGUCUUGAACAAUGAUUCUAAAAUAAAAUUAUUUAAAGACUGUGAAUCAUAUCCAGAUAGAAUUCAAAAAGAUGAAGAUAAUAUAUCACUUUGGGAAGAAAAAGAUUCAAAAUCAAUAUUUCAAGCUCAAAAUGAAGAAAUUAUUCUUGAGAAACGUCAAAGAAAAUUAAUUGUACAGCAGAAUGUUGAUGAAUUUUAUGAAACUGAUGAAUAUAUUAGUGAAAAUGAUUUAAUCUUAUCUGAUUUUUCUGAUUCUGAAGAUGAAUGGGGUGCUAUAAAUCAACCCAAAAAUAAAGUUAAGCAACCGCUGCAAACUCACUCUAAACUUCUUGAACUAGAAAAGCGAUUAUGUGAAAAAGGGGAAAUGCCAAAUCAUAAUAUUAAAAAUCUGUUAGAUACUUAUCAGAGUGAUGAAUAUAAUGAACAUAAUAAAACAUUGGUUUGUUCAAAAAAUAAAAAUAAUAAAUCACUUUUGGAAGAGAAAGAUUCAAAGCCAAUAAUAAAAGCUCCGAGUAAAGAAAUCAGUUUACAGAAACGCUCAAGUAAAUUAGUUGUAAGAAAAAAUGAUGAAACUGAUAAGUAUUAUGGAUCUGAAGAAUAUAAUAUGAGUGAAAAUGAUGUUGAAUCCAUGUCUGAUUUUGUUGAUUCUGAAGACGAAUGGGGUGCUAUAAACCAAUCUAAAAAUAAAGUCAAACAAACACUGCAAACACCUAAACUUGCUGAAUCAGAAAAGCUAUUGAGAGUAGAAGAUAAAGUACCAAAACACAGUAAAAUUAAGGUGUUUGAUACUAAUAAAAAAGAUAAAUCUAUCAAAUCAGUUGAAUUAUUAGAAACUCAAAAUAAAGUAAAAUGUAUUAAUAAUAAUACUAAUAAAAUUGUUAAAGAUCAUAAUAAAAGAUUGAUUAAUUCCAAAAACAUAGUUAAUAAUUGUAAUUAUGAAGAAGUUGUAUUGAUUGAUAGUGAUAAAGAAGAAAACGAAAAACCACCUGAUAGCUUAAAACCAGUAGAAAUUAUAAACUUAGAUGAAGAUAUGCAAAAUGAUUGUGAAAUUAUUAAUGAUGAUUCAGAAACAUCAAUCUCUACCCGUAGUACUGAAAAUAAAAAUAGUAUAACCAAUGAACAAGAUAACUAUAAACAAAUAGAAUCUGCUGUUAUUUCAAUUGAAGAUGAACAAAUUAUUAUUAGUGAUGAUGAAGAUGAUGUUCAAUUUCUUUCAAUGACUGUAACACACAAGAGUUCACCUUCAAAAAUUAAAAAUCCUUGUAAUUCUAAAACAAAUUUAAAUAAAUCAUACAACUCUAUUUCUACAAAUAGGCAAAUAACACCUACUAAUCAUAAUAUACCUCAAGUUACAUCAUCUAUCAUACAAAAACUUUCACAUAACGUUACUAUUAUGCCAGCAAAUGUUCAUGUACCAAAAGGUAUUGAAGUCACUAUGGUUAAAACACCACCAAAGAAAAUAAAUUCUCAUUUCAAUUCUGUCAAAAGAAGGUCAGACCUGUCAAAUGGCUAUCUACCAAGUAACCCUUCAAUAAUUAAUGUGAAAUGUGAAAUUAUUUCAAAGCCAGAUUUAAAUGGUGAAGUUAAGUUUUAUAUUAGACUACCCAAUGGAAAAGAACAUCCUGGUCCUAAUGAGCUUAUCAAUCAAUACCUUAAACAGCACAAUAACCAAUUGCCUGACUAUUGGUUGGUACCUUUACCAGUAGAAGUUGCUAAACAAUAUGGUAUUAGCUAAAAGAAAAUUGUUUUCUUUAUCUAACAUAAAAACUUUCUUAUGAUCUCUAUACAUUUAUUUUAAGAAUGUUUAGUAGUAAAAUUAAAAAUGUUAAAAGUUUUUUUUUAAUUACACCAAUCUCAUUUUGUUAUUAUUAAUAAAUUGUUCAUAAUAUUAAAUGAAUAUUAUAUUUUAUUAUUUUAAAAAAACUGAUAAAAUUUUAUAAUUAUGUAUAAAUAUUUGUGAUAUUUAUUGCAAAUUAUAUGUUUAUUAUUACUA